CAUGCGCGGCAGUCCGCGCACAUGCGCAGUACUCGCGCGGCCGGCGCGGGUCCUUGCCGAAAGCCUAGGGGGUCCCCUCGGAGCUGGGGGCGGGGUCUGCGACACUAUGGCCGAGAGCGGUGGGGAAGUGGUAGCAGUACCCGCGUCCGCGGCUGCCAACGGCCUCAGCAAUGGGGCAGGCGGGGGCCCGGCGCAGACCAACAACCCGCUGUCGCGGAAGCUGCAUAAGAUCCUGGAGACGCGGCUGGACAACGACAAGGAAAUGUUGGAAGCUCUCAAGGCACUUUCAACCUUUUUCGUUGAAAACAGUUUGCGGACUCGAAGGAAUUUACGUGGAGAUAUUGAACGCAGAAGUUUAGCCAUCAAUGAAGAGUUUGUCAACAUUUUCAAGGAGGUGAAGGAAGAACUUGAAAGCAUAAAUGAAGAUGUUCAAGCAAUGAGCAGUUGUUGUCAAGACAUGACAAGUCGCCUACAGGCGGCAAAAGAACAGACUCAAGAUUUGAUAGUAAAAACCACUAAGCUUCAAGCUGAAAGUCAAAGACUAGAAAUAAGAGCACAAGUCGCAGAUGCCUUCUUAUCCAAGUUCCAGCUGACUUCUGAUGAGAUGGGUCUCCUCCGAGGUACCAGAGAAGGACCUAUAACCGAGGAUUUUUUCAAGGCACUGGGAAGAGUAAAACAGAUUCAUAAUGACGUUAAAGUUCUCUUACGUACAAACCAACAAACAGCAGGUUUAGAAAUUAUGGAACAGAUGGCCUUGCUUCAAGAAACAGCUUAUGAAAGACUUUAUCGAUGGGCUCAAAGUGAAUGCAGAACACUGACGCAGGAAUCAUGUGACAUAUCUCCAGUAUUAACUCAGGCAAUGGAAGCCCUGCAGGAUAGACCUGUCUUAUAUAAGUAUACCUUGGAUGAAUUUGGAACAGCCAGAAGAAGUACCGUUGUUCGUGGAUUUAUUGAUGCUCUUACGAGAGGGGGCCCGGGAGGCACGCCAAGACCCAUUGAAAUGCACUCCCAUGACCCCUUGAGAUACGUGGGAGAUAUGUUGGCUUGGCUCCAUCAGGCGACCGCUUCUGAAAAAGAACACCUUGAAGCUCUCUUAAAGCAUGUAACUCUACAAGGUGUUGAAGAAAAUAUUCAGGAAGUUGUUGGGCAUAUUACUGAGGGUGUGUGCAGGCCUCUGAAGGUUCGAAUUGAGCAAGUAAUAGUUGCUGAACCUGGGGCAGUUUUGUUAUAUAAAAUUUCUAACCUCCUCAAAUUUUACCAUCAUACAAUCAGUGGCAUUGUUGGAAAUAGUGCAACUACAUUAUUGACUACCAUUGAAGAAAUGCAUUUGCUAAGCAAAAAAAUAUUCUUCAAUAGCUUGAGUCUUCAUGCAAGUAAAUUAAUGGACAAGGUUGAACUCCCACCACCUGAUCUUGGACCAAGCUCUGCAUUAAAUCAGACACUCGCAUUGUUGCGUGAAGUUCUGGCAUCUCACGAUUCUUCAGUUGUACCGUUAGAUGCCCGUCAAGCUGACUUUGUGCAAGUUUUAUCGUGUGUCUUAGAUCCUCUCCUCCAGAUGUGUACCGUAUCUGCCAGCAAUUUAGGCACAGCUGACAUGGCCACUUUCAUGGUCAAUUCACUCUAUAUGAUGAAGACGACACUAGCUCUGUUUGAGUUCACUGAUAGACGAUUAGAAAUGCUACAGUUUCAGAUUGAAGCACAUUUGGACACACUUAUCAAUGAGCAGGCUUCUUAUGUUUUAACUAGAGCCGGCUUGAGUUAUAUCUAUAACACUGUGCAGCAACAUAAACCUGAGCAGGGCUCUUUAGCUAAUUUGCCCAACCUAGAUUCCGUGGCACUGAAGGCUGCAAUGGUGCAGUUUGAUCGUUACCUGUCAGCCCCAGACAGCCUGUUAAUGCCACAGCUGAACUUUCUCCUAAGUGCCACAGUGAAAAUAGGAGAUUGACGUUCUCCUAGAUUGAAGAAUAUAGAUUGAAGAUUUAUAGUUACCAGCCUUUUUUCACGCCUCGGCCACCCUAAGAGAUCUGACCCGACCCUGCUCAUACUUACUGCUUACAUGUAGGCGGCUCCAAAAUCUCUACUUAGUGAAUGAUUCUUAAAACUGAUGUGACUAUAGUGGAAGUAUAUAGCCAUAAUACCAAACUAAUAAACAUGUCAGAAUGACAUUGAAAAUGUCGUGGAAGCUCAAUAGUAUAUUAAUUGUGCCGUGCAGAUGAGCUGCUGUACAGACUGUUUGGAUCUGUUAGGUAUAUUUUGUAAUUUUUCAGUAUCACCUAUUUACCAGGAAUGUGUUCAAGACAAAGAACUAUACAGUAAUAUCUCAGAAUGUUACAGUUAGAAGAAACAGAGGGAUCAUAUUGUCUGACCUUCCUGAUUAUAAGGAAAAUAUUGACAAAUUUAAGUUGCGUGGAAGUAGGAAAUUAGACAAUUUUAAACAUUUUUUUUUUUUCCUUUCCAUUCGCCCUGCUGUGUAUUAAAUGCUUUCUGUGUAACAGGCACUAAGGAUUAAGAUUUGAAGGACAUUUGCACUGUCUUCAGGGAGAUCAUAGUCUGUUGGGUCAGUUAGACAUGUGAACAAAUAUUUAUUUUAUUUUAAUAUUUUUUUAAUGUUUAUUUAUUAUUUUUGAGAGAGAGAGAGAAGAGAGAGCAUGAGCGGGGGAGGGGCAGAGAGAGAAGGGGACACAGACUCCGAAGCAGGCUCCAGGCUCUGAGCUGUCAGCACAGAGCCUGAUGGCAGGGCACGAGCUCACGAACUGUGAGAUUGUGACCUGAGCUGGUCCAGCCCUUAACUGACUGAGCCACCCAGGUGCCCCACAAAUAUUUAUAUGAAAAAGUACGGUAAGGAAAGAACUAUUGAACUUGAAGAAAAUACUCCAGUUACCAGAAGGGGAGCUGUAGGGCAGAGACGGCACACUUGUUUCCUGUUGUCCUGGAGGGCACGUCCGCAGCAGUGAAUAGAGCAAGGAGGUGGCUUCUGACUCAACACGCAGGAAAAUUUGAAUUAGACUGGCCAACUAGAAUUGACUGGCAAGGGGAUGGAUCAGUUUUUCUCAGACAUAAAGUUGGGAAAUUUGAUCAUUUUAGGUGUAGCUAAUGAUUUUAAUUUUUUUUUUUUACUUUUAUAUUUUAUCAUCCUAAAAGAUCUCAUACUGUCUACUUACCUGGAAUUCUAAAGACCCGAGAGAUUAUAAAAGAAAAUCCAUUAUGCCGUGUCUCAGAUUGUUUGUGUGUGUUUCUUAAAUUAUUUUUCUUAACCGAAUACCUGUAGUUCUUUAGAUUUAACCACGUUUCAAUCUUAGUAUUUGAAUGUUGCGCCGUUUGGGACGUCACUAAAUAUAAAACGUACCGUUAUUCUUUUCAUAAUAUGCUGAAUGGCGGGAAGUUUUAAUGUGUUUUAUAAAGGAUGGCAGGUAGAGCAGAUGCCAUAAAGGAGAAAUUGGAACAGAUUUGGCUACAUGACACUUUAAAGUUUGUGUCUCGGUUUUGUUUUUACAGAAAACAACAAUAUAAACCAAGUUAAAAUAAAAACCGUAAUGUGGAGCAGUAUUUUCAAUUUGUGUAACAAAGUAUCCUUAAUAUAGUAUCCUUAAUAGCCAACAAAAUACCACAAAUCAGGACAAAACAGUAGAAAAAUAGGCACUGUGUGUUUGGACAGUUCACAGAAGAAAUGCAAAUGGCAAAUAAAUAGAACAUAAUAAUUAUCAAAAAAUGCAAAUUAAAACAGCAGUGAGAAUAUCUGUCCAUCAGAUUGCUGACAGUAAGGCGUUUGUUAUAUGCUAAUUGAAAGGGUCUGGGAAAAUGGGUAUUUUCAUAUGCUGUUGGCGAGAGUAUAAAUUAGUACAAUCUUUUUAGAGGGCAAUUUGACAACUUCCAUCAAAACUUUAAAAGUUUAUGUCCCUAGACUCAGGGAUACCUCCUAACAGACUCUCCCCCCCCCCCCCCAUUCCUAAGCUUUAAUAAGAGUUAGAAGUAAAGUUACAGAGGGGCGUCUGGGUGGCUCAGUUGGUUAAGUGUCCAGCUUCAGGUCAGGUCAUGAUCUCACCGUUCGUGAGUUCAAGCCCUGCGUUGGGCUUGGUGCUGACAGCUCAGAGCCUGGAGGCUACUUCAGAUUCCGUGUCUCCCUCCCUCUCUGCCCCUCCCCCACUCUCUCUCUCUCUCUCUCUCUCUCUCUCUCUCUCACUGUCUGUCUGUCUCUCUCGAAUAAAUUUAACCAGGAAACAAAGUUGUAUAGAAAGUGGAGAAAAGAGAACGAAAAUAAUUUUAAGGAAUUCUUCCUUCUUUUCCUUGGGAUGAAUUAGAGAUGUUCUUUUUUCAGUGUCAAACUCCAAUUUCACCUUUCAGUGAUACAAAUAUUAGACAUUGGAAUACAGAAGCUACAGUUAAACAUAUAUAUAUACAUGUGUGUGUGUAUAUAUAUAUAUAUAUAUAUACACACACACAUGUAUAUAUAUAUACACAUAUGUAAAAUAUUCUCACUGUCUUUUCUUGAUGAUUCAGAAUUAUUUCUGAAUGUUAUUAUAUCAGAUUUGAGAACUCUUAUUCAGGAAUCUUCCUUGAUUUUACAUACUAAAAAAAUAAUGUAAUAAUGUAAAAAAUAAUGCCUUUAUAGGAAAUAUUUCCUCUUUACUUAAAGAGGUAUACAGAAUAAUUUUUUUCUUCUUUACCUCCUUUUAAGCCACCUGUAUUAACUAUCAGGAAUACCUGUUCUCAAUAAAAAUAAAGUAAGUUUGGGGGGAAAAUAGUUCCACCAGGAAAAGAACAGCUGCUGGAAACCUGUAAGCUGAAAAAGAACUGGAGCUUGCACAAUGCUUUAGAGACUCGAGAAAGCCCAAGCCUUCAAAGAAAGGUUAAUCUAGUCCUACAUAAAGCCUACCUUAUACUCAAAAAGGCUUAAAAACAAAGUAUAAAGUAUCAUGCUGAUUUUUAACUAAACCAACUGCCUUCCUGAACAAAGCUUAGCACUCCUAAGGAUGACAAUAAAUACAGACAGUCAACCGUGUAGCAUUUGUAAUGCAAUAUUACUUAGAAGAAGUAGUGGGAAAAUAGGAACCAAAACUAGGAAAAAAUCUGUCAGUCGAAACAGACAAAUGACAAUUUAUAAAACUAGCAGGUAAGUUCCUUAUAAGCAGCUAGUUACAGUGUGUUCAAGGACUUAAAGGAAAACAUUAUUAUACUGAGAGAAGAAAUAGGGAAUUUUAGAGUUGAGAAUUCUAGACCUGAAAAGUGUAAUCUCUAAAGUGAAAAAUUGACUGACUGGGUUUAACUCUCAGUUGGACACCCCAGAGAGAAAGAUCAGUCAACUUGAAAAGAGUACAGUAGAAACCAUCCAAACUGACGCACUGAUAGAAAACAUUAAAAGGCUAGAAAAAGAUGAAGAGAGCCUUAGUGAAUUGUGGCACAAUAUUAAGCAAACUAAAGUAGGUAUAAUAACUGGAGUGUCAUAAUGAGAAUGAGUCAGAAAAAAUUUGAAGAAAUGAAACAAGUUUUUCCAAAUGUGAUGGAAAACAUGAACCCACAACCCAAGAAGCUAAAUAACUCAGCAGAGAAAACCAUACCAGCGUAUACCAUAAUCUUAUCAUUGAAAACCAGGGAUAAGGAGAAAAAUCUUGAAAGCAGCCAGAGGGAAAAAGAUAUAUUGUUUAUAGGAUUCGAAUGAUGGUGAAGUAUACUACUGACUUCUUGUUAGAAACAGUGCAAACCAGAAGGCAAUAGAAUAUCAUCUUUAAAUGUCUACUUUGUGUGUUCAUCACAUGUAUCUUUCAAACUCAACGCACAAAAAAUACAUUUUGUGAUAAACAAAAGUAGAGAGGACUUAUUACUAGUAUACUGCACUGUAGGGAAUGAUAAAGGAAGUCUGUCAGGCUCAAGGAAAAGAAUACCAGAAGAAAACUCAGAUCAACACAGGAAUAAUGAGUACAGAAAAUGCUAAAUAUAAAAGGUAGUGGACCGUUUAAAACAAAAAUACUAACAGUGAAUUGUGGAAUCGUUAACACAUAGAAAUGAAAUUUAUAAGAAAUGCACAAAAGAUGGAGUGGGAAGGAAGUAGAAAUACAUAUUUAUGAUGUUACCAGGUUAUUAUAUAAUAUAAUAAUAUUUUUUGAAGGUAGAUUGUGAACCUUGCAGCCAGCUCUCAAAUGAACAAAAUUAUCUAACAUUCCAAUAGUCAAGAUAAAAUAGAAUGCUAAAAAAGCAAUUAUAUCAAAACAAGGCAGAAAAAGAAGGGAAAAGGAUAGAAGGGGAAAAUCUAAAAAAAAGAAAAAUAGCAGGAUGAUAGACUUAAAUUCAGCCUUAUAAAUAAUUAUAUUAAAUGUAAAAGAACUGCAUACUUCAGUUAAAAGGCAGAUUCGAUUCUUAGAUGAAAAAGCAUGGCCCACUGUCUGCUGUCUAUAAGAAAUACACUUAACAGUAAGGAUACAGAUAGCUUAAAAGUAAAAUCAUAACAAAGUGAAAGUAGUUGUAUUAGUAUCGGAAAAAUUAGACUGCAAGACAGAUACCAAAGAUAAGGAGGUACAUUUUACAAUAAUAAUAGAAUCAAUUCAUGAAGAAGAUAUAAUUGUCAAUAUGUGCAUCUAAUAGCAGAGCUUCAAAAAAUAAGCAGUAUAAGUUCAUAGAAUUGAGGAAGAAUAGAUACACUGACAAUUGUAGGUAGGUAUUUCAACACCCCUCUCAGUAAUUGUUAGAAAAAGUAACCAAAAAUCUGACGUGGUGUAAAGGAACUGAACAAUGCCAGCAAUCAAACCUACUACAUAUGGAAUACCACACACAUUUAUAGAAGGUAACAUUCUUUUCAAGUGCAUAUAAAACAUUCACCAAGCUAAUGUAAGAAUGAGCAAAAAAGAAAUGGGUGUAAUCCACUAGUGAAUAUUUUUAUCUAUGAACAUGGUAUGCCUGUUUAUUCAGAUAUUUUAGAAUUUUCAAUAAAGUUUUAUAAUUUCCUCAUAUAGUCUUCUGUCUAUAUUAUCGGGUUUCUUCCUAGGAAAUAAUUCUGUGACUAUUACAAUAAGAUUUUUUUAUUUUCUAUUACCUGUUCUAAUUAGAUAUUGCUGGUGUAUAUCAAAUGUACUCAAUUUCAUAUGAUCAUUUUGAAUCUGGCCAAGUAACUAAACUAUUUUAGUUCUAUUAACUUAUCAGUUGUUUAGUUUUUGGUGAAGACAGCUAAGGAUAAUGAGUUUUAUUAAUCUUUUUUCAGUAUUUAUGACUAAAAUCAUUGUAUCGGUUAAGAACUCCAAGGUAAAUAGUAGAUGUAAUAGUGAGUGUGCAUAUUUUACUUUGGACUUUAAUGAAAAUGUUUCGGAUGUUUCAUCAUGAAGUGUGAGUUUUGCUGUGGAUUUUCAGCGUUCCAACAGUCACAUGGUAUUCUUUUCCAACUGGUUAUGUGAUACAGUUAAUCUAAUAAAUUCAGUAUAACUUCAGUCAUAAUUCUCAAAGAACCACUUUAUUAAAUGUUUACCUAGAAAAAAGUAUGUGAGAGGAGACUCUAGUUACUUCUGAACAUCUUCACAGUUCACCAGUCUGGUCCAAGGCAGUGUCACUGGUGCCUGUAUUACCACGUUAGCUUCUGAACUAUUCUGUUUUCACCCUUGCCCCACCCCAACUCCUACAGUGUAAUCGAUCUGAACACCUCAACCAGAUUGAUUCUUUAACUUCACUUAAUCCUCCCGUGAAUUAGGAUUUCCUCUUUCCAGUGGAGACAUCGCUUAGAAAGUUUAAAUAAUUGAACCAAGGGCAAACAGAAGCAAGCAGAGCCAAGAUUUGAAUCCACUAUUUCUGAUUCCAAUGCCUAUUCUCUUUAACACUAGCCUGUACUGUAUUUUUAUUAGUCCUUUCUAUGUUGAGAUUAUAUUGUUAUUUUUUAAGUGUAUUUAUUUUUGACAGAGACAGAGUGCGAGCAUGAGCUGGGGAGGGGCAGGGAGAGAGAGGGAGACACAGAAUCCGAAGCAGGCUCUAGGCUCCAAGCUGUCAGCACAGAGCCCGAUGUGGGGCUCGAACCCACGAACUGUGAGAUCGUGACCCGGGCUGAAGUCAGACGCUUAACCGACUGAGCCACACAGGGGCCCUGAGAUUAUAUGAUUAUUUUUAAAGGAAGCUCAAAAAUAUUUGCAUAUGUGAUAGGUUAACACUUACAUGAGAUAUGUGGGUUUGGUCUUAUGUAAAAUGUACUUUAAUUUUACAGUCAGUGACAGAAAGCUGACCUGGGAUAAAAAUCAACUUGAUCCAUUGUGACAUCGUUGGUUUUGGUAUUAUGAUAAAAGAGAAAUCAAAAUUCUUUCAUCUAUGAUUCCUAAAUACAUUAUCAUCUUUUCUUUUUCGUUUUCCAAGACUUAAGCUGUUAAUACCUUCUCUCCUGUGAUGCAUUUGAUUGCACUCUUAACUGUGGUUCUGUAAUAAAGCUCAAUUUUAGUGAUCACAGAGCCUGACUGUUGAAAUAGCUAUUUUUAGAAAUGCUGGGUUUAUGGUAAUGAUGAAAGUUGUGUCAUGUUGUUAUGGCAACCAAAAAUCCUGAAGUACUGAUUAAUGACAAGCUCACUGAUUCUGGAAGUAUGCAGUUCAUUUCUUAUCACGGCUAAAGGCUUUAAAUAAUUAUUUUAAAUGUUUUGUGAAUCUGUUUUAAAAUGGGUGGCAUCUCCAUUUAAUUAUACAUUAGUCUUUAUUAGUACUUCUGACAUUUAUAAUAAAUUGUUUGGCAUUGUAACAUUUAUAACUGGACACAUUGAAUUUCUUAGUGCAUGGUAUUCUGAUGCCUAAGAAAAAUACUGCUUUUCCCUCCAGUUUUACAAUAUCCUCAUCGCCUUCCAUUUUUUUUCCCAGUAGUUAACUGCAUGGUUAUUAUCUUUGAUGUACACACUGGUAUAGCAAACUACUUUCUAAAUGUAAGAAAGAUUUUUCAAAACUUGGAAAUAGGGCAGGUCAGGUCUGGGAGAGCAACGUGUCCUUUCAGGGUCACACUGAAGCAUUGUUACCGGGCCCUUCAAGAAUUACUUAAUUAUUUAGGGGCAUGUAUCAUAGUUUGAUGCUCGGCUUACUGUUGAUGAUUCAAGGCCCCGUGCUACUUCGUGUCCUAUGUCUUUUUUUGCUCUGGGAGACACGAAGCCAUGUUUUAUUCUAACCUUCCUUUUCAAAUGCCUAUAACGACCAGCUCCUCAGAAUGUUCUGUGAACCAGCUUUACCAUCUUAGUAGUUCCUCAUUAAGGAGUCAUCAAGUCAUUGGCAUUCCUUCAUUGUUUAUCUGUGUGAGUCAUGUUUUUAAUUAUUUGAAAGUUAUAAUGGCACUGCGAGGAUUAUUAAACUGUCCACAGGCCAAUAGGGCACCACCUGAUAAGUGACCACCUGUGAGAUUUUCACGGUGGCAAAGAGACCAAGGCAGUUCACGGUCUAACUUUAUAGAUGGUCAUAGCCUGCACCCAAAUAUUUCUUUUUUCCCCUUUCAACUGGCCCUUUUGCAUGUGUGAAAAGCAGGACUCGUCUUCAGAUUUUUAACCUGUAGAAAUAAUUCUAAAGGUACCCUCCACUCACCACCUAUGGUCUUGGCUGUGACUGAUCAGAAUUCAGCGUGGCGGGCGACCUGAGGUGAAUGCCCGUGCUCGCGCCAGUGCUCAGCAUACGCUACUGAAAACACGUACUGCUUUUCUCCCUUUUGUACGUGAGGUGAUCAACAGAUGAGCACAUUCCGAGUUUUCAGAAGCGUAUGACUGAGAUGAUUUGUCAGUGAUUUUGUAUUUAGAGAAUACCUGAAACUUCCAUUUUAAACAUUGUCAGUAUAAUGAUUCAUCAUUAUUUGAGACUCUGUAUUUUAUAAAUGAUAUUAGUGAAUAAUUUGGACCAAGACACCAGGCAGGCAAACAGAUAGAUAUAUACACAGAUAUACAUAUAUACUUUUUAAGAUAAAAGAUACAUAAGAAUUGCAUAGUAAUUAGCACUAUAAAUAAAGAGGAGGGGAUAGUAAAAUGGCAAGAAAGUCAACCCAUGUUAGCACCUCAGAUACCUCCCAUUUUGUGUACAGAUAACUGAUAUGCUUAUUAUACAUCAGUAUUUAAGAAACCAAUUCCCCAAAAUAACGUGGGGGGAGGAAUGUAUGUAUGUAUGUAUGCAUAUGUACGUAUGUGUAUAAAUUAGAUAGGCACAUAGAGUUUUUUAUUUUUUAUUAUUUUUUUAUACAUAUCUAUUGAGAGAGAGAGAGAACAAACACGAGUGGGGAAGGGGCAAAGAGAGAGGAGAGAAUCCAAAGCAGGCUCCACACUCAGUGCAGAGCCCGAUGCGGGGCUCGAUUUCACAAGCGUGAAAUCAUGACCUGAGCCAAAACGAAGAGCCAGACACUCAACCAGCUAGGCCACCCAGGCACCCGAGUUUUUAUUUUUUCACCAGCAGAUCAUUAAAAUGCUCUUAAUCCUCAAUGGAAUAAUUUAAAAACUGUAAGUAUCUUGUAAGUAUCAAGUUCAAUAUUUUGCCUUACAGUGGUGAAAUUAGUCCUAGAAAGGCUAAAUUUCUUGUUCAAAGCAACAGUAAUAAGUGGCAGAGCUUCGACUAGAUUCAAGGUCUUCUGACAAUAAUGUCCAUCACUGUACUGUUUUCUCUCUACUGUGUAUGAUUCACUGGAAACAAAGCAUUGAGUGUGAGUGUAUGACUCUAUACCCGGCUUUGGUAGUGAUAGUGAACUCUUAAAUUUGUCCAGGAAUGGGGAGUCGUUAUCAAUCACAGUUCCCCGCUCUUUACAGUUUGGAUUUGACUCAGAUUCACUGUGGAGAAUCUCUCUUUCCAUUGCAUUUCUCUCCUAUUGGCUAACAGUUCUUUCCCCUUCCCUUUAUUCACCCCACUGCAUGAAAGAUUUCCUUUCUCCAUGAGCUUUGGUAUCUCUUAUCUUGUUUAGUACAGCCGUAUUCAUUUUUUUAAUCCCUUCCCUAUCUUGGUAGCUUCCUAAACUGAGGAGCGGAAUGAGAAACUAUAUUAUACUAUCAAACACCAACAUUGAAAAUAAAUGAUAAACUCUUACUUGGUCUUAUUGUCUUGAUUUUAUUUAUUUGUGUCUUAGCAGUAUUGCUUUAUUUCUGGUUUUCUCCAUUGCAGAUUUGUAAUGAUUUUUCUGCUGCAUUGUGAGUUGUAGACAUUUGUAAGCUAGUUUAGCUUAUAAAUAGAAGCAUGCCCUGGGUUACAACUAAACUUCAAUAAAUUUAAAUUUUUUCAUCGUUUGGACUUGAGAUUAAAAUUUAAAAUUUAUUACUUUAUAU